AUGGCUAAAGAAUCUCCCCGCAACAAGGGUACGCGAUUCUUCCUUCUGGGUACUAUGCCAACAGAUGAUGACAAGACAAUAACAGGCAGUCGAUUACCUACAGCACAUCAGGUCCUGCUUUGCUUCUUGGCCCAACAUCAGACAGCUAGUAGUAAACGUGAAGCAGCCAAUAAAACUGUUGAAACUGUAAAACACUUUUAUAGUCGUGCAAGAAUCCCUAGUCUUCUUGAUCAUAAAAUGGCUGAAGAGGUGGAAAAACUUUUUGAUGACAUGAAGAAAAUAAUUAAAAUUCAACCAAAAGACCAGACUUCAGGAAAGCCAAAAGAAAGAGUAGAUGAGUUCAAAAGCCGGCUACAAACAACUAUGAAGUUCUGGCCAAGGAAUGCUAUGGAAAACCUAUGCAACGAAGAGGAUAAAAAGUUCCUACAGUCUAUGACAGACAGGCUGGCUACGAUGUCCGGUAUUGAUGUAAAAUUAAGUGAAACUGAAAGAAAAGUUAAGGAAAGGAAAGAACAGGAAUUAAAGAGGAUUGCAAUUCAAAAAGAAAGUAAGAUGGAUACUUCAUGUUCAAAUGCCACAUUGAGCGAUAGUGAUGAUGAAGAAGAGUCAAAAGAAGUACCUGAUCCUCUAUAUUCUUGUGCUAAAAGAUCCCACAAGAGAUGUGUCAAAACUGGUGUGACAGUUUUUAUUCCUCCAAACAUACUAAAAUCACCUAAGGUUGUUCAAUCUCUUGUUAGAAACAACAUUUCAUCUUCUGCAAUAUCUUCUGUUAUGCACGACAUUGUCACAGCAGUUGAAGGAGAUCCAUCUAAACUUAGCCUUAGCUAUGCAACAACACAAAGAUAUAGAGUUGAAACUGUCAAGACAAUUGCAGAUAAAAUUAAAGAAAAUUGGACUCCACCAUCCAUUGCAAACCUCCACUGGGAUGGCAAAUUGAUGGCUACCUUGGAUGGUGCUAGUCAACAAGAAAGAUUACCAGUUCUUUUAUCAGGCGUUGGUGGGACAAAGCUGCUAGGAGUACCCACAAUUCCUCACAAGUCUACAGAAAAGACUGGGGAUUUGAUUUCAGAGUGA